GCCCGCCCCGCCCCCCGCGGGAUGCCGGGAGCGCGACCUCCGACCCCGGACCAUCGGCGACCAAUCGCGCGCUGGGGGACGGGGAGGCGUGGCUUAGCGAGCCACGUUCGGACCUAUCAGGCGCCGAUCGCGGGGGCGGGCAGCCUCGCGGGCUCUGACGCCAGCUGUCACGCUGCUUCGCUCGCUCUCGUUCUCCCCGGGCUUCCUUCCGAGAGCCGGCAGCCGAGGGGACCGCGUGCCGGUGAGGCUUCCCUGGGGGCCCCCGGGAAGCGUCUGCGCCUGCGCCCCGCGCGCAAAGUGAAAGGGGAUCGGGGAGAGACUAGACUGUCAGACCGGCGGGGAAAAAGCCCGGGGGACUGAGCGAAGGGGGCUCCGGGAGGCUCGAUUCGGAUCGCGCCGCUGCCAUUCCUCCCUGUGAAUUGCGAGCGUCUCUGCACCUCCGUCCGUAAAAAUCGGUAUCGGAAGGACGGGGACUGGGCCGGGGAACUGUAGAGCCUCGUCUCCCCCAUUUCUCAGAGAGGGAAUCUUUGUUCUAGAAAGGACGGACUUGCCAAAUGUCAUCAGGAAGCGAAUGACGGCCGCCCGGACUUCCUACCCUGCUGCACGCUGCGGAUAAUGCCCGUCUCUGCUUCCUCGGUGUGAGGAAACUCCCUUUAGGACCCAGACUCUGGAUCAGUGAAAAAUCUUUGCUAGACGACAACAAGAGGAGACAUGAAAAUCAUACAGCUGUUCUCUAGUCCAUCCCUGACAGGAUCACUUGCCCUGAGACACUUCGGUCCUUGGGUGGGCCCCAGUGAAACUAGAUUGGGAGGUCGCAGAAAGAGCCUGGCAUUUCCAUGUGUCGAGUGGCACCUGCUGAGAUGCCUGGGAUGGAAGCAGCCGUAUGGAAUGCUAAGACUAUUCAGCUCCUCCCUCCCCAAAUUCAGUUCGAAUGAUGAGAUCCAGAAGAGAGUACACAGCAGCUCUCUUGAGGUCAGUGAAUCACAUUCUCUGCCCAAGCUGGACACAAAUGGCAAUGAAGAAGAAGAUUUUGGGACCCUGUCAGACAAAUAUUCAUCCAGAAAAAUGUUUCGUAAAACCACGUCAGACUUUCACAACUUAAGAAGUCAAGAAUUUGAAGAUGAGGAAGAUAAAAUGCUGCAGAAGCCUUGGAAGGGUCGGCGGAAUACCCCUCAUUGGUAUUUCUAUCAAUGCAAGAGACUGAUAAAGGAAGACAAGUUGGCCGAGGCCCUGGAUUUGUUUGAGAGGCAGAUGCUGAAGGAGGAACGUCUCCAACCCAUUGAAUGUAACUAUUCCGUGCUGAUUGGAGGCUGUGGUCGGGCGGGCUACUUGAAGAAAGCCUUUAAACUCUACAAUGAUAUGAAGAAACGGGAUCUGGAGCCCUCUGAUGCCACUUAUACAGCCUUGUUUAACUCCUGUGCCAACUCACCGUGGAAGGACACUGGCCUACAGAGUGCCCUAAAGCUUCAGCAACAGCUCCGAGCCAAAAACAUCGAGCUGAACUUAAAAUCCUACCAUGCACUACUGAAAGCCACUGCCCUCUGUGGUGACAUCACGAUGUGUUUUGAGGUCUUCAAGGAAAUCGUGCUCAAAGGUCAUGCUAUCACCAAUGAGACUUUCAAUUUCCUGCUCAUGGGCUGCAUACAAGACAAGAAGACAGGCUUCAGAUAUGCCCUACAGGUUUGGAGACAGAUGUUGAAAAUAGGAAUUGAGCCUAAUGCUCACAGUUACAAUCUGAUGCUGUUUGCUGCACGGGACUGUGAUCUAGGGGACCCCAAGGUGGCCUCAGAUUUGCUUCUGAAGCUUGAAGAAGAGCCAGCCCUGCUCCAACUGAAGGCAGGCAAGAAGCACCAAAGGAAGAAAAUACAGGAACAGAAAGGCACCGUGGCCAAGCUGGAUGUGCACUUACUGGAGAGGCAGCUAUUCCAGGGAAUUUCCAGAGAGACCCAGGAUCCUCCAAACCUCCAGAAAGUCGGAGAGGCCAAUGAGGUUCAGCCUGAACAGGAAGAUGACAAAGGAGGACUUGAUUCCAAACCAGCCAAUUCCCUGGUAGCCCAAAAUCAAAGUCUAAGUAGGCUGGAGCCCGUAAAAACUGAUAUUGCCCAAUUUUCAGAACCUGUUUGCCCUCUGCCAAACUUGCUGGAUCUCAAGAUAUCUUACCUGAAUGUGGUUUCUUUAGGGACUGUUACUACUGCAGCUGAUAGGUUGGCUUUAAUGGGUGAGAUGGAUGGUUUCCUGAGGAAGAUGACGGAGGACCAAGUAGAACCUAAUAUCAAAACUCUGACAUUGUUGGCUGAGAUUGUCAGGCCAGACACCCCAUCAGUAUUCUUAUUGUUGGAUCUUCUUGAUAAGCACAAAGUGGAAGCGGAUGUUACAUUUUUCAAUACAUUGGUGAGGAAGAAGAGCAAAUUAGGGGACUUACAAGGGGCAAAGAAAUUGCUUCCCAUCUUGUCAAGGAGAGGAUUAAUUCCUAACAUGCAGACAUUUUGCAACUUGGCCAUAGGCUGCCUUACGAAAAACCAUGGAAUGCAGCUACUCACAGACAUGAAGAAAUGCGGGAUGAUCCCCAACAUCUACAUCUACAGCACCCUCAUAAGUUCAGCUGUGAAGAAGCUAGACUAUGCUUAUCUCAUAGACCUCCUUCGUAACAUGAAGAAUAAUAAAGUCCCAGUGAAUGAAGUCAUAAUCCGACAGCUGGAGUUUGCAGCUACUUACCCUCCUACAUUUGACAGGUAUAAAAAGAAGAAUCCCUAUUUGGAAAAGAUUGAUGGUUUUCGUGCUUACUACAAGAAUUGGCUGAAAAUAAUGCUUGUAGAAGAAACUCCUCAUCCCUGGCAGAAAUAUAGGACAAACAAGGCUAAUGAAGAAGAGACUAAAGCAACCAAAGGCAUGGGAAACCAGGAAGAACAGACACUAUCAUGAUCAUCUUCAGAGAUCUGACAACACAUCAUCUUUGGGACAUAGUGCAAAAACCCAGAAAUCCCAAAUUGUUAGGGGGUUGGUUGUCCGUGGAAGCUUCAUGGGUUCAAGUAUCUGAUGGUCAUGAUUUUUAACUGUCAAGUAUUUAUUACUGGGGUCGUAGUGCAUUUUAGAAUGUUGUUAAUAGGCUUUAUUACAUACCAGCUGGUUGUACCAGCUUUUGUUUCCUGAAUUAUCAGCCUUACAAAGCUGUUUUAACCAAUUUUUUAAAUGCUGCACCAAGAAAAUAAUAUCUAGAUGGCAGACAGGAUAGUGAUGGACCUCAUGUUCAGAUAGAGGAAGUUUGAAUAUUUGUUGAAUAUAAGAAUAUCUGGGCAGAGGAAAUCACAUGAUAGCAAUGUUCAGGUAUUUGAAGGGAUGACAAAUGGAAGAGGGAUUCAAUUUAUUAUUAUUGGAUCCCCAGGGGCAGAACUAAUAAUGGGUGAAAGUUGAAAAAACAAGUGGAUUGUAGGUCUUCAGCGAAGUAUUGGGUUCUCCUUCAUUGUAGACCUUGACACAGAAGCUGGUUUAUCAGAGGGAAUAGCUGCUCCGAGCUUUGUACCAAUUCUGCAAGUACUGGGAUGACACUUUUAUUAUCUUCAACCUGUAGAAUACCUAUUCUGAGGUGGUUAAAAGCUCUUAGAGUCAAGAUAUGGGUUUAAGUGUUGUCUUUUAAUCAUUAGUUCUGUGCAAGAUUCUUAACCCUUCCCAAAUUCUUCCUUUUUAUAUCAAAUGCCCUGUAGCAUAAUAGGAAACUGAAGCCACAGUAUACCCAGGUUGAAAUCCCACCUCAGAUGGGAUUCUUUCAGUCCUUUCCAACUCUUAAUUUUGUGAACAUCUUUUCUCAUCUAUAAAAUAGAGAUACUGUUUGCACUAACUAAUCCUGCAAGGACAUGAAGAAAAGAUACAAUUUUAUAUAACUCUUUACAUGCAUAAAAAGGAAUAGCCUAUAUAUGUGAGUGGCAUGAUGAGGAAAAUUUUGUCUAUAUGGUAACAUCUUGUUGUGUUCAAACUACAACAUGAAUUACCAAUGGUUAAAGAUUUUAUUUUUUAAAUCACAGAUAAUUACAGUUGAUUAACACAGUCUUUCUUUUGUCAUCAUGCUCCAAUCACAGCUUGUAGCUUUGAAGAGCAAGAGUUAUCCAGGAAAAAAAAAAAAAAAGAGUUCACUUUAACACCUACUCAUGGAGAUGAACAAUAAAAAUAAGCCAGAAAGGGAAUUUGUGGGUCCACUGCUUCAAGACCUGUCAACCAGAGCAUCCUCGGCAGCCACAGUGGGUACACUCAAUGAUCCGCCCCUAUAAAAUAAAGUAGGCCAUGACAUUCUGGAUAACAGUGGAGAGGUAACUUGCUCUGAGAUAAUAUAAAAACUUAUUCUAUCAAUCACCUCUUUUAUUAACUUGACCUAACAGAUGUAACAUUAGGGAAUACCAUAAAGGAAAAGUUUCCCUAAAUGCCCACAAAAGACAAUUAAUUCUAAAUAAAGCAUAAAUCAAAUGACAGCUAAUCAGUUCUGCAGAUCCUGUUUUCACAGGAUACUGGAUUGAACCAUAAGGAUUUAAAGCAUACAGGCAUCUUUUCACUGUUAUCCCGAUGUUCAUAAUUCCAUACACCCCCAAAUCUUCCCUACCUCAUACAUCAAAAUAGAAAAACAGAACACCUGAGACAAAUCUGAAGAAAAUGGCCACGUUAAAAGAACUAGAAAAACUAAAACCCAUAAUAAAUACCAUUAUAAUCAAAAUCUACAUAAAAAGAUGAGCACCAAGAGAUGGUCCUAGAAAUUUAGCUCUCUAGAUGUGCAAAAGUUAAGUAUCAGUAAGAAAAAGCUUACCACUUCUAAUUUGCUUUUUGGAACCCUACAUAUACAGUUGGUUCCAAAAUUGGUAUCCCGAGUCUGGAUGCAACGGAGGCAACACAGAUUUUCAUAACCUUGUUUCUUCCACUUGGCAAUCAAAUUCUUAUCUGCAUAACCUUCUUUAAUGCAGUACUCAUACAAUUCUGUCAGAAAGGGAAAAAAAAUAUAUUAGAUAUCUGUCCAAUAUAAACUACUCUUCAAAAUCCUUCAAUAAAUGGGGAAGACAGAGAAAAAUUUUACCCACAUAUUUUUGUUGCUUAAUGAUCAAAAUAAAAAUCAAAAUUUGCUAAGG